GGUUUGGGCGCCCCGGCCGAGUGAAAUAAUCUGGAUCCUGAUUUACAUAUGCAAAUUGUGUGCUUAAUGGCGUGACCUAGUCAUGUGAUUUUUAGGGUUCGGAAUAGUUUUGGCCAGGCACUUGGCUUUGCCCUAAUUCUGCUGAAAAUGGCUCCAGCGUGGCCGAUUCCCCUGCACCCCUAAUUCACUUAGUUAGCGAAUCCAUAAUUUGGCCGGGGCGCCCAAACAUUGGCUUACACCCAUGGGAGUCGCGGCUGUCUGUGCUGAUUAUGCCCCCCGAUAAGCUACACAUGCCCCCCAAUCAAUGGGGCCCCCACUGCCCCCCUAUCACUCUGCUCUAACGCUUCCCCUUACUGUUCUGUUUUGCUCGCCAAUGGCACUUUAUGGCAGAGGAGCUGACAGUCGGACGCUGACAUGCACUUAUCUUCCUGUUGCAGGUUGGGGGCUGGGCACCUGGUCGGACUGAAGGAGAGGGGGACGCAGGGCACGGCCAUGGCUGAGUCAUCAGUGGAACCGGCGUCACCAUCCAACACUGUGGAAAUGAGGAGUGCAUCCAGCAGCCUGGAAUCAGGUGAAAUGGACUGUUCCGAAAGCCAAGAUACUGAUGGAGCUGAGAGCAAGGACUGUGAGCCGACAGUUUCUAAUGCGAAUUGUGCGAAGCUGAAUGAUUUCAAUGGAAACUCCGGCACCAGUGACCCGAAUGACAACGGUACCAACGGGCCGAGGGAGGAGUCUCUGGACAAGAAAAAUGGAUCUGAAGAUGGGAAUAAAGCCACGCAGAUCUUCUUUGUAAACCAGAUGAAUAUCUAUUGGAGCCCGAGUGAUACCAAUCAAGGGGAGAAAAACCACCCGAAGAGGAGACACAGCACAGGCAAUGAGGAAAGUGAGAGCAAACGCAAGAAACCAACGCGCUCACCUCUCAGGGACACGGGCAGUAACGCCACAGAAAACGCCAGUUAAUGAGGCAGUGCCAGCUGCCAGCACCACCGCCCCAAAGGGGAUCAGAAUGGGGUUUCCAUUUAGAACCCAGAGGAGUGACAGGGAGUGACAUUUUUUGUACCUAAAUAAAUGGGCAUUUUUUUUCUAGUGGAUGAAAGUAGGAACCAGCGGAAUAACGACAUGUUGUGCAACGGGCGCCAAUAAGCCGCUGAUUACGGGCAAUGGAAAGGCCAACAUUUUAAACUAGGGUCCCAGUUUUGGGCACAGCUUGGCAAAUAUACUCAGCAACCAACUAAGGGCAAUUAACAAAGGGAAAGGGGCUCUAUACUGGGAACAUUGCUUCUCUAUACAACGCAUAGCAACCGGCAAUGCCAACAUCUGUCUCUGAGCUUUCCAUAUGAUGGUGCCAGGGCAGGAGGGCAGCCAGUGAUACUGGGGGGGACAGUCAGGUUAUGGGCAUCCCCAACAACAGGGGUCCCCAACCUUUUUUGCAUCACGGACCGGUUUCAAGCAAGACAAUUUUCCCAAGGACCGGGGAUGGGGGGGCGCACCUAGUGCAUAGUAUAUAAUUUAAUUACAUAUAUAAUGUAAAUAUCAUUAUUAAAUGUUAUAUUAUGCACUUUAUUAUAAUUAUAUACAGCUUAAUAAAGUACUUUGGUCCUUGUCCUGA